AUCUGCCUCUGAGGUCAUUUGAGUCAUUCUCCAAGGAUGGCUUGGUGAGGAAACCCAUGCGUUGUUCUUUGCCUACCCUGGGGGACUGGUCCUUCUCUGUCUCUGGCAGAUAGGAUCGGUGGCCAGGUUAUUUUCAUCACCCACUGAUCUUGUGUUUUUGUGAUGAGACUAGAAGCCAAAGAAAGAGGCUGCCUGGAGAGGAAGGAAGAUUGCAGCAAGGUUGUCUGAGAACUUGCAGAACUUUGCAGCAUCUAGCAGGCCGCCACACGACAUUGAACAGAGUUCCAUGGACUCUACUGUAGAUCCUUGUUGGCUAUCCAUUUAAAACCUAGCAGUGGGCUAGGCUCAAAGAGAGCAGCAAUUUAAGCUUCUCAUUCUUGGAAGAGAUGGCUGGCUACCAGUCGCUUGGUCAUACAUAUCGUAACAAAAUGGAAGGGUUUCAGCAGGGUGGAAGAGACAGCUGCACCACAGGUGAAGGAGGAGAGAGCUUAAAUCCAGGAUCAUCUUCGUUGAGGAUCAUCCUGGUAGGGAAAACAGGCAGUGGGAGAAGUGCCACCGGGAACAGCAUCCUCUGCCAGCCCGUGUUUGAGUCCAAGCUGGCGUCCCAGUCGGUGACCAGGAAGUGUCAGAGGGCAACAGGCACGUGGAAUGGGAGGAGCAUCCUGGUGGUGGACACGCCCCCCAUCUUUGAGGCCGAGGCCAAGGCCCAGGAUCAAGAGGUGUAUGAGAAUAUCGGAGCCUGUUACCUGCUGUCGGUGCCAGGGCCCCACGUGCUGCUGCUAGUGACCCAGCUGGGGCGCUUCACCGAACAGGACGUGGUGGCCGUGACCAGGGUGAAGGAGGUCUUUGGGGCGGGAGCCGAGAGAUACAUGGUCGUCCUCUUCACCCACAAGGAGGACUUAGAUGGCGGAUCCUUGGAUGAGUACGUGGCAAACACAGACAACCUCAGGCUGAGGAGCCUGGUCCGGGAGUGUGGGCGGAGGUACUGCGCCUUCAACAACCGGGCCUCCGGGGACGAGCAGAGAGAGCAGCUGGCUCAGCUGAUGGCCGUGAUCGAGGGGCUGGAGCGGGAGCACCAGGGCGCCUUCCUCACCAACGAGCUCUUCUUUGAUGCACAGAGGCUCCAGCGAGGUGGGGGUGGCGCCCAUGGAGAAGGUCAGAGGCGCUACCUGGCCAAGGUGCAGUUGCAGGUUGCAAAGCAAAAGCAAGGCCUGAAAGAGGCCAAGAGAAACUGGGCCUUCAAGACAGCCUUCCGACUCAAAGCCUGGAUCGCUGUGAAUUAUGAGCUUUGUGUUUGUCUUAUUUGGUGCAGUUUACUUUUUCUUCUUAUUCUACUGAUCAUCCUGUACCAGCUUUAAUUCUGAGUGACAUCUGUGUGGCAGAGUCAUUUCUCAAAUAUCACCUCAUGGAUUCAUUGUUUAAUUCAGAAAUAAAGUAUCCUGGUCUGCUGAGGA